AUGACGCACUCGGUCAUGAUGCGCCGACUUGAAAUGUGGCGCACACUGUUGCAAAGACAACGCAAAAUGGAGAACCGACAUGUCCGGCUUCUGAAUGAGACUAUUAUACUUGCGCCGCGCCACCUCAUAUUUGACCAAGUACGCAAGCUGUUCCGCGAGGAAAAGACGGAAUGCCACCCAGGACGGCCGCGACAACUUGCGGCGCCGCUCUCCCCAUUCAGAAGCAAGGGCUGA